CUGCAAACGUCAACCGCGCUGUGUCAACUGUCAAAUGUCAUCCCCUUUCUUGUCAUAUGUUCGCCCGUUGUAUGCGCUUCAGUUAAUUUUUUCCGUUUUUAUUUAAGAAAAAUCAAACAAAAACAACCUCCAAUAAGUCAUAAAUCGCAAACUCGGUAAAAAUUUCAAAGCAGCAGCUGCAAUAUUUCUAAAUCAGGGACACUUAAGGCAGUGCAAUGGGUUCUCACCAGGACCUCGCCCAUGAAGAACGAAUGAAGCGAUUUUUGUACACUUGUAACUACCAUGGGGCUUACAUCACAGGCAACUCUGAGAGACACAUUUGCAAAUUUACAAGUUCCUUACUUUUCAACUGGGUGGAGACAGCACCGGAUGAUUUUUUUAAGAUAUUAUUGGCAGCCAGUGAAGAUCCGUUGCUAAUAAAUCGAAUAAGUUUGUUCUACAUUGCUGCGGAAGCCCUACUCAGUCCUACUCUACCCAUAGAAAUCAAACUAGAUGUCAAAAAAGUAGUGUUCAAACUUAUGAAAUCAGAUGGGGAAUUUUUUGAUUUCAUUAAGUAUUACACGCUCCUAGGCCCCAAAAAGAAACAGAAAAUCACCACCAGUGUAAGAAAGAUGAUUGUGAAGUUUUAUCAAGAUAAAACGCCACAGGAGUUCUUGGACUGUGUUACAAAGCAAGAAAGUUAUCAUGGGUGGAGCCACAAAGACCUGAUAAAGUUGUGCCACUACAAAACUAACAAUGUUUUGUGUGAGCCAGUUUUGAAGUAUGUAAUGUUCGGAGCUAAACACGUUCCGGAAAGUGGGGAUGCUGAAAUGACACCAAUUAUCGAACACUUGAAAAAGAUUCACGAGCUACGAACAACUGAAGACGUCCCACGAGCUGUCGCUCUUGUCAAAGAGCUGCAUGCCAACGUAGACCAAAUUAACUCAAAGUUGAAUAAAAAUGAAGAAGUUUGGAUGGCUGCUAUCCCUGAAAUGAGCACCCGGGAAGUUUUACAGUGCCUGUACAGGUUUUACAAGUUUGGGUUUUUGAAAGCUGGGAGCCAGUUUCAGAGUAAAGUAAUCGAAGCACUGACUAACUCUGAGAACAUCAAAAAGUGUAACUUACACCCAGUGGAAGUUUAUAUUUAUUUGAAGUUUUUUGAAAAGGGUGGAAAAACUAUGGACCCUAAACUCAUUGAGUAUUUACAGAAGAAAGAUAUCAGAGAAGAAACUCUCAAAAAACUCACCACACCUUCAGAGCCAAAAUGUAAACCAGUCAUCCAAAACAUCAACAAAUGUUUGAAGUUGUCGUACGACAAUGUCAAACCCAUGGGCAAAAAGUUCAUGGUAACAGUAGAUGUUACAGAGAAGGCAGAAGAAAUGUGUUUCCACAACAAGAGGAUCAGUUUUCUUGAAGCGGCCGUAACUGUUAUAAGAUUUUUAACCAAAGUGGAGAAAAAUGUGACCGUGGCGGUGUUCAAAGACAGCCAAAUCAACUUUGUGGACGUCAGCAAAUCGCACUCCGCCAUCGAGAAACUACAAGAACACAAAGCCACUUACAUCCUCCCCACAGCCCCCAUAGACUGGGCCCGAAAUAAAAAGAAGCAAAUCGACGUUUUCAUCAACUUCAUGGGCUGCAAUUGGUUGACAGAUGUACCCACAGAAGUGAAAGAGAAAAUGGAUAAAUUGCCAGAGGCGUUGAGCAAAUACACCAAAAAACUAAAGUCACCAGACACCAGGGUGGUGAAGUUCUUCCUGGGCGGCCCGAGUGCUUCGUACGCCGAGAACAGCAAAAACAUCCUCGCGAUCGCAGGUUUCACCGCCGAUGUUCCUAGACUUUUAGAGGCCUUUUGUAGAGGGCAGUUCUGCUAGGAAAUUUCGAUACUUCCCUCCUACAAAGUGUUCAAUCAAAUCUCAAUAUUUUGUUAUCGAAUUUUACAAUAUUCUGUGUUAAUUUUUCUCGAACCGAACGAAUCGACGACUUCGCGCUGAUGCAGUUUCACUAGGUUAAUGUAGAUAGGCGUGUUAGUGGGAUAAUUAUUUUUUAUAAGAUUAUUUGUUAGGUUUCAUUUUUAUUGCAUAGGAACAUAAUCAGGGCUUUUUUUAGUUCGACACGUUAUAAGCUGUGUCCGUCUGUUGUAGUUAUUAAACAUAUAUUCGCCAUCGAAAUUCACGAAAUUUUAGUUACCAUUGUACUGGUUGUUCGAAAACCAAAAGGAGUUCAGUAUUUAUUUUUGUACGGAUUUUUUCGAGGUUUUGUUAGUUGUAGGACUCACAAUGUGUUGCUUAUGUUAACGAUAUUAUAGUUACUAGGUAAUAUUAACCGGUAACGGGGCUCCCGAGCGUGUCCGUGUCAAAUUAUACCUGGGUGCCUUCGACGCGGACAGGGAGACCGUUUAAGGAUAGUCUGAUUAAGCGGAAUAACAAUGAAUUGAGGUUAAGUUUAUUUAAUGAUUAUCCGUUGUUUUCUGAUUACCAAUUCUGCGAUCAAUCUUGGUGAUAAUUUUUAUAAAUUGUCUGUGAAUGCAUUUGUAAUAUCCGAACGUUAUCAUGUUACAUAUUAGAAUUAUCAUUGGUUUGACUCUUAUUUAUUUUUGAUACAUGUCUGUGACUUACAUGAUAAAAACAUUAAUAAAGACUUACAAAAUUA